AUGGUGGCGACUCCAGGAAUACUCCCCCGUUACAAUCUAAGUCCAGUUGGAUCCAAGGCCAAACCAAGAAAGAGGCGAUCCUCUAUUUUGAAGUCUCCAUCAAGAAAUGCUCUUCAUGACUUGGAUCUCAAUACUGGGGAAGAGCGAGAUACAACCAGUCAUGCCAAGAAGAAGAAGCGCCUGUCAUCAAGAAGAGUCAGCUUUGCCAACACGUAUCAAGUCCAAGAAUUUCUGACUGCACAGCAGCUGAACAUUUUGGAGGAUACAAAGGCUGAACAAGAAGACACUCAGCCGUUCUCUCCCGAGAAGAUAGACCAGCAAGCAGCACCAGCAAACAGCACAUUAGCUCCUCCUAUUUUAGGGUCAUCAUCUGAUGUUUCUCAAUCACGCCAGCCUGAUACAUCUGUUGGACCCGGGCAUUGCAUCAGAGGUCUUGACAUUCUUCUAUCUGGUCCAAUAAAGAAACAGUCCGCGACGGAAUCCUUCCCAAAGAUGCUGCACUGUCCAGAAGGGAGCAUCAUAGAGCCUCCUGUGGGGGCCAUGUACCCAAGUGAUGGCACAGCUCACUUGCCUUCGAUUGACGAAGAUUGUGAGGUAUCCAUGGAAAGACACGGGCCUGAGACGAACACCAACGAGAGAUCAGAUCUGAAAGAUGCGCAACAAAAUUGGCCAGGGCUGACAAUUAACCCUGACACUGCCGGCUUGAUUGGACCAGCUUACCACUGCAGGCUCCCGGUAAAUGAAUCCUUGAGCAGCUCCCAUCAUGGCUCUUUGAGUGCUUCGUCGGCUGACCAAAGCAAAGACCAGAUCUUUGAUCUUCAUGACACUUUGUAUUUUGAAUCUACCAGCGGUCGUGAUCAGUUCUUGUCAGUUUUUGCAGAUUUAGGGGAAGGCAAGCAACUAGAGGAACCUGUUUUUGCGAAGAAAGACACCUCCUCUUUUCUGAAAUCUUUCAUGGGUUCAGGCGACACACUGGCUUCACAAAGUCCCCCGAAGAAACAGGAUAACUUCUUGCCAGUUUUUGCAGAUUUGGGGGAAGGGAGGCAACUAGAAGAACCUGGUUUUGCAAAGAAAGAUACCUCCUCUUUUCUAAAGUCCUUCAUGGGGUCAGGCGACACAUUGGCUUCACAAAGUCCCUCAAAGAAACGGGAUACAAAGAGCUUCUUAAACUCCUUGUUUGGGACUGAAGAGAAUCAGCGCUUCAAUGAGACCAACCAAUCCACAAUCACUACAUCAAGGUUAGAUGAACACACCUCCAUUUUUGACCAGAAUGCCUUGGCAUCAGAAAUGGAAUUCACAACUUGUGUCAGCAACAAGGAAACAGAGGGAUGUCGGAGAAUGGACCCUAGUGCUUUCUUUAAGUCUCUGAUUCAAACGGAAUCAAGAGGUAGUUUGGACUCUUCUGGGCAUUCAACAUUUCCAAGCGAUGACAGCCAGAAAACACGCGUCUUUGGCCAGACUGAGGCUACAGGUGCUAUGGACUUCACUACGUGCAUCAGUGGUGUGAUCAAAGAAGCCGGUAGCGUUCUUCAUGUGUCUAAUCAGCAAGAUGUAACGAUGAGAUUUGGAGAAGACCCUGCUGCCAACAUGGAGCUCACUCAGUGUAUGGAUGCUUCGCAAAAGAAGCCUACUUGCUCCGUUCAGAAGCCUAGUGGUCGAGUGGGUAGGCCGCUUGAAGAUAUCACCAGGAUAUUUGACGGACAGAUGGGUGGAGGUGAGAUGGAACUGACGACGUGUGGUGUCAUUGCCGACUCUUAUAACAGCUCAAAAGCUGGAAAUGGGCAAAAGAACAUCUUGAAUUACAAAGAUGCAGAUAGUGCUGUGACGUCUUGUUUGGAGGGCCAGCCCUUUCCACUAAGCGUGCAUAAGAAUGACAACACCCGAAUCUUUCAUCAUACAGAAACCGCCACUGGCAUGGAGAUGACAGUGUGCUUGGAAGGUAAACCCUUCCCACUACAAUUAUCUGAAAAUGGCUCCAGUGCAGAUUUAUCUAAGAAUCUUGAGAAAACCAGAAUCUUCCAAAGCAACGAAGGCACAGCUGCCAUGGAGAUGACAACUUGCCUAGAGGGGCAGCCCUUCUCUCUGAAAUCGCAAGUCAGUAUCUCCGGUAACAACUCUCAUAAGACCCUUGAGAAAACCAGAAUCUUCAAUUGUGAUGAAACCACAGCUGCCAUGGAAAUGACAACUUGCCUAGAGGGUAAACCGUUUACUCAAAAAUCACAAGGAAAUCCUCCAAGCAUAGAUUCUUCGUCGGACCUACAACAAGAUGCUAAAGCCCCCAACUUCCCUCAUUCAAUUUUAGAGGUAGACGUUACAAGAUUGUUCAGUCCGAACGAUACAUCUUGUGGGAUGGACAUGACAGAGUGUAUGGAUGAGAGACCACCUUCUUCUCUCUCAGGGGCAGUCGACAAAACUCGGGGGAACUCAAGAAGCCCAGUUGAUGAGAAGACUGAAGCAUUCUGUGGUAUUCCAUUUAUUGGAUCACCUUUUGAUGAGGAUGACCCAUUUGAGGUUGAUAAGACCAAAGUGUUUAAGCCAGAGGACACUGCUGGUAUGGACUUCACAGCCUGUGUUGGAGGGUUGCUCCCUAAAACAAAUCCUUCAAAGGUGACCGAUUUUGGAGAACAAUCUGUAAUUGCUAGAAAGACAACCUCAUCUCAAAAGUUGAAUGAUGAAGGUCAAGGCCAUGGAUUAACGCUUGGGUCUGAUAAGGUUCAAGAUGAUUGCACAAGGAGAUUCGCAUCAGCAGACAACACUGCCAGAAUUGAGUUGACAACUUGCGUCGCUAGUGAGGUAUCUUAUACCCCAGCUGGCACUGACGAUAAUCUUCCACGAGGCGGGCAAGGUGAGAGCACACAGAUAUUUUCUCAAGGAGAAACAGCACAGAUGGAACUGACAUCUUGCCUCAGUCAACUGCAACCACUGCCCGCGCUGGCUUCUCUUUCAAGCAAAAAAUCCCCACGUAAAGCCCCCAUGGAUCAGACUACUAGAAUGGAAAUCACAGCCUGUAUCGGUGGGAUUUUUCCAAUAAUGUCAUCGGAUCCGUCUCAGACUGACCAUCAGCAAGACAAGACCAGGGUGUUCAGCCCAGUGGAUCAUGCAGCUGGCAUGGAGAUGACCCAAUGCAUUGGAGGUCUUGAUUUGCAUUCUGUUGAGAGAGGAGGACAGUCUGAAAACCUCAAAGAGCACACACGAGUGUUUACUUCAGAAGACACCGGUAAGAUGGAGAUGACGAGCUGCAUCGGCGGCCUGCUCCCGCAGCCGUCAGGGAUUGACAGCUUGGAAGCAGGGAGUAGAGAGUUACAACCCAGCCACUUACACCUACCUACGAUGGUUUGGACCGGAAUGUCUACUGAGCAAGCUGUUCCUCAGGACCAGACCCGUAUCUUUACAUCUGAAAACACUGCAUCCAUGGACAUGACUACGUGCAUAGGAGGAGUUUUUGGAAAAGGAAUACCACAGUCCGGCAAUUUUUCUUCACAAGAAACCUUACCUGAUGCCCCGGACAGUCUUCCGGAUCAAACGCGCCUCUUUACCCGCGACAACACAGGAAAAAUGGAACUGACAACUUGCAUUGGGGGAAUUAAUGGCAGCUGCCUCACACAGCAGAAAUCUGCAGAUGUUUGUCAGGAGUCCAGCCAGAAAGGUCACCCUCUCCCGGAUACAACAUGUAUCUCCACUCAUGACGACACAAAUAAGAUGGAGAUGACUCAAUGCGUUGGUGGGAUUCACAACAAAGCCGUUGAGCUGUCUACUGGUGCACACAGCGUUGAAGAAUCAAGUAGUUCUAUAGAUCAAAGAGAAAUGGGCAGAGAGGCGUAUAGCAAUGCCUCAAAGAAAGCGAAGCUGUCAGAGGAAAGAAGUGUUGAAACCUUAGAGAAGAGUAUCUCUCAAGAAGGCCAGGUUUUUCCUGUGGAUCAGGUUCAUCAAGAUCAGACAAGAAUAUUCACAUCUGAGGAUACGGCAGCCAUGGAAAUCACUCGCUGCAUGGAUCAAAUUCCGGCUUCCUCUGGGGACAACAUGGCCCCAGCAUGUGUCGCUGCGGAUGGUAUAAAGCAGGAAACGAUACUCCAGUCCACUCUUGGACAGCUGCUGACUGACGCCGACACACUUGCACACCAAGUUGACCGCCCAUCCAAACGUGAUUCAGAUACCUUUACAAUCGAUCCAGCAUCUGGUGUCAUCAAGGCCUCUGAGCAAACAACCAGACGAUCUGACACCUACACCCUGGACACCUCACCGGAAACCUCUGCCGUUGUUGCCAAUCCCCCUGCUGCCACCGUUUCCCAAAGGGAUGGCUCCAGGUCCUCAUCAACAUCAGACACAAGUAAACGAGGCAGUUGUGAGGGAGAGGAGGAAAGUCGAGAUAUGAUAGGGGAGCUGAUUCAGUGGGGUAGCUUGGACUCUGCAGCUGAGGGUAUCGAUGAUGAACAACCCAUGUGGGUGGAGAACACGGAGGAUUUUGCCCAGUUGUCGACCCAGGCUGGACUCGCUAGUAUCAUACUAAUGGAAAAGAAGGAUCACACAGCUUCAACAACUUCCCACGCAUUUCCGACCUUUAGCAAUGACAAUGGUCAAGGUGUGAUUCUCACAUCUGAGAUUCAAGAUACUGAGGACACAAAGAGCCCCGAUCCCAGCAUAGAGACAAAUGAGAUGAUGUCGUCACCUGACUCCAAUCUGCAAAAUGAGAAUCCCAUGUCUAGCUCAUGUUCGUCAGAACCAGUAUCAAUGCAGGACUUUCUAAGUUUUGUGACUAUCAAUGUGAAGAAGGGUCGUCGUAGUGUCCUACCAGCCAUCCCAAAGUUGACAUCAGCACAGACAAUAAGUGACCUACUGGAGAAUCGCUUUCUCAUCCAACCAAGGAAAGUGUUGUACGAAUGGGCCAUUAACCAUCUGUCAACAUCCAUUGACAAGAUGCAGGAUGAAGUGAAUGAGCAGGAGCAACGUCUGUCGGAGAAUAACCCAACAGUUGUGACUCAAGUACAACACGCAUCUCCUGAACAUGCGGCCGUACUCCAUGAGCACAUAGAAUCUCUGCACAAAGCCUGCAGUAAGAUGUCUAAGCGUAGCUUCCAAGAAUGGCGACUGAAGAUGAUCAGCAAGACCCAUCAGUCUCUCCAGUGUGUAGAAGCAGAAUUGAAUGAGAUACUAGCAUCGAGAUCUUCCUCAUCAGACGCAUUGGACAAGGCAAUGGAAGACCUUAAUAAAUAUGAAGACAGCUUGGGUAAAGCCCUGAAUAGACUUGAGCAAGUUCAACCACCCAGUCAGGAUCAAGUCAUGGAGUUUGUUAACAACCAGAAGAUGUUGGUCAAUAGAACUGCCGAGGUUGACGAGAUAAAGAAGACCACAGCUGCACUUGAAAGUGAAUCUGUGAGACUCAAGUCAGAGAUUGAGCUGUACAGGAAGGAGCUCGUUGAUGUGAGAGAGGAAGAGAGGUUGAUUGAGAGUCAGGUCACAUCAGAAGAUGGCCUCCAAGAUGCUCUGGUUAAGCUAGCGGAUCUCCAUUGUUUGCAACCGUGGAGGUUGAGGAAACAGUCUGAAGAGGAGCUAGUCUUUACUUUCCUGGAGGAAUCCUUGGUCUUUGCCAUCAAACUAGGAAAGAAGAUUGAGGGCAGUGGUGGGGGCAACAGCGAAAUAUCCAGCCUGCACUUGGACAGCUCUCUUGCUGCUGAUAAUGGAGUCAGUGCUAAUCUUGCUCAUAACCUCAUCAAGGCAAGCGUUGACGUAACACUCCUACACACAAGACAUCCAACCACUGCAACCCUCAAACUGUUGCUUCAAGACGUGUCUGAGAUGGUUGGACAGGCUGAUGGCAUCGCUGAUGAAAUAGACAGAGUUAGCUACAGACAUGUGGUCACCCUUAACGAGACAAAUGUGACUGUUGAGUUUUCUAAUCUGGAUGCGAUGGUUAAGUUCUGGGUGACUUUUGGUCUUCGGCCUGGCAGCUACCCCUUUGGUGUCAUCUCAACUGACUUCAAGCACAAAAUUGGAAUACUGAAGGAGGAAGACAUCAAAGAAGAGGUUGGUAAAGUGACGCCUGGAUUUGCACAUUUCAGUCGACUGGUUGAGAGUAUAGACAAAAUGAUCGACAGAUUCAUACCCAGCUCUCCUACAAUCUGAGCAGGUUCACUCAAUAAAUGUCAUCGAAUGCUGUCAACCAAUCUUUCAAAUGAUUUCUCUGUUUUCACUUUUAGAUUGAAUGUUGAAGUAACUGAAUUAAUAGUAUUGUAUAUAAUUUGUAAGAUAUUUAAGAGUGCAGAUGGUACAAGGACUGGAUCAGUGUGGUUGGAUGCAGCCAAGAGUUGUUUGAUUAAAUUAUAUCGCAAGGUACGACUCUAUAGUUGAAGAACCUAUGUUAUCAGCAGGUUACUUUAAUAGUUUGUAUGUAAAUUUUCACCACAUUUUCUGCCAGUUUUACUGGUAAGUUUUGCUCAACUUCCCAUUCAUAACAAAAUGUCACCAUUUCCUUGAAUUUUUUCCCAAUGCUUGAGUCAAGAUAAAUGGUAAUCACUGAAUGACCUUAUCAGCUCAUCAGAACCAAAUGGCAUGGUACUGCUUACUGCAGAAUUCUGCAACGACAUUCUAUAGAAUCACAUUGUUUACAGAGUGCUGAACCUGCAGAGUUCUCUGGCCAGCAGUGACAUGCAAUGGGAGACUUUCUGGGACGAUAGAGGGCAGCAGACUUACCGGGUAAAUCCAUUGUUCUCAGAAUUA